GCCUCAGGUCUCAGAUAGCAGCUCCUACCUGCCCUUCAGGCCAGAGCCUUUUGCCUCCUCAAAGCAGAAGCCUGGAUGCUUCUAUUAAAGCAGAAUGACAAGUUUGCUUUAUGUUAAAGGACUUGAACAGCAAGGAUAUCAACAACAACCUCCCAAAUAGCCCCCUGGAGAGGCCUGUCUUUAAACACAUGCAGAGUUUAAAAGUCUGUUCUAGGGUAAGAGGAAAUGAUGUCAUCUUUAUUGCCACAAACAACCCCUACAUUUCCCCUUCUGAUUCCAUUUUGUUCUCCACCUUGAAUCCAAAACAGAUAGGAAGGAAGACAUUUUCUCCCCAAGGCACUUUAGAAAGAAAUACCUCCGUCUUCCAGGGGCCCUGAAAUGAGGAAGGUUGUCCAUGGUGAAGCAGAUGCAGUGUGGCAUCGUGGGUCCCAGAAGCUUUGGAAAGUUUCGUAGGUCCCUGUUUGACAUUGGCUCAAAAGACACGGAAUUAGUAGGCAAAACUUCUUCUUCCCCACCCCCUCUUAUCUGCAGGGGAGGGAUCAGUUCUCAGCUGGCCAGGCCAGUGUCACUGAUACAGCUGGUGUCAUUGUUACCUUCCACUAACAGAUCACUCGACACCUACCGACCCAGGCGGAUUUGGGUCUGAACAGAGGUUUGGACUCUUACUGUCUCAGAAGCUACGACACAAGGUGCUGAUGAAAUGCAGUGAUCUAAUGAUAAGUGAUCUUACUAGGAACCCAGGACUAGACAGCUUUCUGCCUCUGCUUUCCCUCAGAGCUCCUUGGUUCUUGCUGCUUGGGCUGAACAAUGCCAUCUUGGCCGAUAUGAAUUCAUCACUGGCUGGGAGCUACAGAGCAAAGAUGCCAUACAAGGAAAGGACAUCUAGAGUGGCUCCAAAGUGAGGAUCUAGGGCAGAAUUGGCUCGAGGCAUUGGCUUGGCCCAGGGAUCUGCCUCGCCCUGGAGUUCUGACUGGCUGCACUCCAGCGUGUGUCCCCCACAGCAUCAUGCUGCAGCAGAUCCUGCAAGACAUGUACAUCGACCCAGAGCUUCUGGCUGAGCUCAGUGAUGUGCAAAAGCACAUCCUCUUCUAUAAGAUGCGAGAGGAGCAGCUUCGGCGUUGGAGGGAACGGGAGGUAUGGGAUACCCUGGCUCAGGCAGAGGGCCUUAGGCCGGCAAAGGUCAAGAGAGCGAGCGACAAGCAUAUCCAGUGGCUGCUGGGAGCAGAUGGCGAGGUCUGGGUGUGGGUCAUGGGUGAAGGCCCUGGAGACAAGCCCUAUGAAGAGAUAUCUGAGGAACUGAUUGCUGAGCGGGCACGGCUGCAAGCACAGAAAGAGGCUGAAGAGCUCUGGAGACAGAAGGAAGCAGAGAUCACUAAGAAGUUUCGGGAUGCCUUGGCCAAUGAGAAAGCCCGGAUUCUGGCGGAGAAGUGGAAAGUGGAGAUGGAGGACCGCAAGGCAGCUAAAAUCCUGGAGGAACGUAUCCAUGAGGAAUUCAAGAGGAAAGAGGAGGAGGAGAGGAGGCGAGGGGAAGAACAGAUUCGACUCCAAGAGGAGCAAAGGGCGAAGGAACUUUAUUGGACCCUAAAGCAGGCCCAGCUGCACUGCCAAGCCAGUGAAAAUGAAGAUCGUGAAUGGGAAGAACAGUUGCGUAGAUCCAAGGCGGCUGAUGAGGAGAGGAGCCGUCGUGCUCAACGAGCCCGGGAUGAGUACCGGCGCCACUCACUCCGAGCCAUCCAGAAGGGCACUGUUGCUGGCUUGAGCACCAUGUUCCAAGAACUUGGCCAGAACCACGAGCAGGAGGCAAGACUCUAUCACCAGCUUCCUGGCACCAGUCCACCAUCAUCCCUCACAGGACCUGACAGGACCUGGGAGCGACCUCUGCGUCCACUCUCCAGAGAAGUCAUCGUGCGCUGGUUCAAGGAGGAACAGUUGCCUCGCCGAGCUGGCUUUGAGAGGAACACCAAGUCCAUCGCCCCCUGGUUUCAUGGGAUUAUUAGCCGAGAGAAUGCAGAAGACCUUCUGGAGAAUAUGACUGAGGGAGCAUUUCUGGUUCGUGUCAGUGAAAAGAUCUGGGGUUAUACCCUGUCCUACCGCCUGCAGAGAGGCUUCAAACACUUCCUUGUAGAUGCCUCUGGGGACUUCUACAGCUUUCUCGGAGUGGAUCCUAAUCGCCAUGCCACCCUAACAGAUCUCAUUGAUUUUCACAAGGAGGAAAUCAUCACCGUUUCAGGGGGAGAGUUGCUACAGGAACCCUGUGGACAGAGGGAUAGCCCACCAGACUAUCACCUGCUGUUUGAAUGA